GUUUGGCACCCGGAAAGGGGCUAGAUGGCAAGGCGUACACCUCCAUCGUUUACGGCAACGGGCCAGGCUACCAGAUCACCGACAAAGGCCGGCCGGAUGUGACCUUGGAAGACAGUGAGAAUGACACCUACCACCAGCAGGCCACCGUACCCCUCGUCUCGGAGACCCACGGAGGGGAGGACGUGGCCAUCAUGGCCAAAGGACCAAUGGCCCACCUCUUCCACGGAGUGCAGGAACAAUCCUACAUUGCUCACGUCAUGGCCUACGCCAGCGGCCUGGAGCCCUACAACUUACGCAACUAUUACAGUGAGACAUCCGCAGCUGCACCCAAGGCCGGCCUGGCGGGUCUCCUCCUGGUUCCCCUGUUCCUCUGGAUCUGCUAG